AACACGGGGAUAUCUAAAGUUAUCCGCUAGAUGGCGCGCUUAGAUGAUUCAUAGGUGUAAUGGGUGCUAUGUCUAUAUAGCAUUUGCUACUUCCGGAAUCUAAAAGGAAGAGAUUGGACCGGCCGUAACCCAGUUAGCAAGUGCAUUAUUGGGAGUUUGGUGAUGGGAGCAGACAGUGACCCCGGUGCUCCCUCUGCAGUUCCUUGGAGGAAGGUGUUGUAUGAGCGUCAGCCUUUCCCAGACAACUACGUGGACCGGCGCUUUCUGGAGGAGCUUCGACGUAACGUGGGCGUACGGCGGUACCGCUACUGGCCGGUGGUGCGCGAAGCCGGGCUCGUGACGCAGCAGCUGUCCUGCGUCGCCGCGUUUCUCACGCUGUGGUGGUACAUGUACCAGGGUCAGCUCUACCCGUUCACGCUGCUUUUGGCCGGCCUGCUGUGCGCGCUGCUAGGCUACGGGCUCUACGAGGCGCUGGGCGGCCCGAGAACAGCGGGACGCACGCGGCUGGCGGACCUCCAGAGCGCCGCCAUCUUCCUGGCCUUCACCUUCGGCUUCUCCCCCGUGCUGAAGACGCUGACCGAGUCGGUGAGCACGGACACGGUGUACGCCAUGUCGGCUCUGAUGCUGCUGGCUCACCUGGUGACCUUCCCCUACGCCCAGCCCAGCCCCCCCGGGAGCCUGUCGCUCAACGCCGCUCUGUUCGGCUCCGUGUGCCUGGCCUCCCGGUUGCCGGGGGCGCUGCACACCUUCGCCAUGGUGACGUGCGCGCUGCUGGUGUUCGCGCUCUGGCCCUGCCUGCUGCACCGCCUGCGGGACCGGGCGCCGCGGGGCUUCCCCUGGGCCGCCGCCCUGGUGUCGCUGGGCGGGAUCGGCGGCUUGGCCAGCCAGUCGCCGGGGGGCGCCGUCCUGCUGGCCCUGGUGCAGCUCGCCCUCACGCUGCUCUGCCCCCUGCUGCUGCUCUGGCUGCAGGAGCACAAGGACAACAUCCAUGGGCCCUGGGACGAGGCCGAGAUCCACGAGGACCUGUCCCGCUUCCUGCAGUGAGCCGGAGACGGGGAACAGACCGCCUGUCCCGCUUCCUGCAGUGAGCCAGAGACGGGGAACAGACCUCCUGUCCCGCUUCCUGCAGUGAGCCAGAGACGGGGAACAGACCUCCUGUCCCGCUUCCUGCAGUGAGCCAGAGACGGGGAGCAGACCUCCUGUCCCGCUUCCUGCAGUGAGCCAGAGACGGGGAACAGACCUCCUGUCCCGCUUCCUGCAGUGAGCCAGAGACGGGGAACAGACCUCCUGUCCCGCUUCCUGCAGUGAGCCAGAGACGGGGAACAGACCGCCUGUCCCGCUUCCUGCAGUGAGCCAGAGACGGGGAACAGACCGCCUGUCUCACUUCCUGCAGAGACUCACAGACGGGGAACAGACGCUGUCCCACUUCCUAUAGCGAGUCAAAGAUGGUGAACAGACGGCCUGUCCCGUGUACUGCAGGGACUCAGAGACGGGGAACAGACAGCCUGUGCUGCAUACUGCACUGACUCACAGACGGGGAACAGACGGCCUGUGCUGCAUACUGCACUGACUCACAGACGGGGAACAGACGGCCUGUGCUGCAUACUGCACUGACUCACAGACGGGGAACAGACGGCCUGUGCUGCAUACUGCACUGACUCACAGACGGGGAACAGACGGCCUGUGCUGCAUACUGCACUGACUCACAGACGGGGAACAGACAGCCUGUGCUGCAUACUGCACUGACUCACAGACGGGGAACAGAUUACCCAUAAGGCCUGUUGAGCCUUGUGUCGUUCAAACUGUGCCGUCUUCCUGUUCGUUUAAUCUAAACAGGUCAGGUGAUGUUUUUAUUACCAUGUUUUGUCAGGAGCGCACCUACUGGACUUAGCAGAAGUUACUUCUAAUCUACAAACUCAAGUGAAUUCUGUAAAGGCAAAUUAACAGAAUUGACAUGCUGUUGGAACACUAAGCAUAAAAGGCACACUGUUUUAGAGCAGAAAACCAGUACUGCAGUGUUUUGCAUGACCAAAUGAAUGGGCUUGGGGCUGCUGGGUGGCUCGACUAGCAUUGUCUGGGGAUGGGAAGGUUUAACUUGGCCAGGGUUAAAACGUCUCAUCACUCACAAGCGCCCCCCACUGGUUGAUUUGGCACCUGUAAUUCUGCGUGCACAUGAAGUGUCUCCAACUUAAAUCUGGCACAGUUCAGUAUUCCAGAAUGUCAAUAUGCAACAAAUGUAAUUUAUUUUUCAAAAAUAAACGGCCACCUGCAAGAUCGUUAACCUGUGCCAGGUUACACUUUAGAUGGAUAACUGGAACUAGUUUAGCAUUUGAGAUUUGACAUUUAUUUUACAAACACAGGCUACAUUCAUUCUGACUGCAUUGUACCAUUCAUGAUUAGCCAGUCAAAAUUGGAUUUCCUGUUGAAGUUAUUUUACAUUAAACUUUGCCAUUAACCCCUCUGCAUAUCAACUCAUUUGAAGGCAUAAAUCCUUUCUACUAAUAAAAAGGUUGUUUAAAUCAUGCACUUGUAGGUCUGAGUCUGUUGAAUGUC